CCACUACUAAUAAUCCUAUGCUCUAAAACUCUCUAAUAACUCUGUUAAUUUACUCUUACACAGAAGACAUCGGUCCCACUCACCGCCCAUGCGCACGCUGUCUUACCAAAAUAACUCAUACCCAUCUCCGACCCGUUUGCCCUUCACCUAACCCUAACCCAGCUUCACUAUCUAUUACCACAUCACCAAAUUCUUUCUUCUCUCUUCUUCCAUUUCAUUUCAAGAUUAUUAUCUCUCUGAAUAUUACAUACUUCAAACCAACUAACAACCUCAGAUUAAUCAAACUUCUUCUAAUCAUAUGAAAGUUCAACAGAUAUGGGUCUGAAUCUGAUUAUGGUUCACUUCUUUGAUCAGCUCAGUCAUUUUUCCUCAUCUAGUCAAGCUCAGUUGCAUUUGAUCUAACAUAAAAAAUAUUUUACUUCAAGAUUUAGUCAGGUUUAUAACAAUUUGAAGCUUACUAAUGGAUCCAGUAGCAGCGCAUGGACGGCCACUUCCACCGCCGUUUCAUACAAGAGAUCUUCAUUUACACCCGCACCACCAAUUCCAACAGCACCACCACCACCACCAACAGCAGCAACAGAAUUCUGAAGAUGAGCAAAGCGGUAACGGCAGUUUAAACCGCGGUCAAAAGCGGGAGCACGACGAGAUCACCACUCCUGACGGCAAAGAAUUAGCUCAAGCGAACAGCGGCGGCGACGGAGAGAUCACGAGAAGACCUAGAGGAAGACCGGCUGGUUCAAAAAACAGACCUAAACCACCGAUCAUAAUCACACGAGACAGCGCUAAUGCUCUUCGAUCCCAUGUAAUGGAAAUCGCUAAUGGUAGCGAUAUUAUGGAGAGUGUCUCGACUUUUGCGAGGAGAAGACAACGGGGGGUUUGUAUUUUGAGUGGAACCGGUACUGUAACUAAUGUUACCCUUAAACAACCAGCUUCACCUGGUGCGGUGGUUACUUUACACGGAAGAUUCGAGAUUCUAUCACUCUCGGGUUCUUUCUUGCCGCCUCCGGCACCGCCUGCUGCUUCUGGGUUGACUAUAUAUCUCGCCGGCGGUCAAGGGCAAGUUGUUGGAGGGAGCGUUGUGGGUCCUUUAUUGGCGUCUGGUCCGGUGGUGAUCAUGGCCGCUUCUUUUGGUAAUGCAGCGUAUGAAAGGUUACCCUUAGAGGAAGAUGAUGGACAGGCGGCGGUGACCGGAAGUGGCCCGUUAGACUCACCGGGAGUUGGUGGUCAAUCUCAGCAGCAACAGCAACAGCAGCAGCAGCAACAACUAAUGCAAGAUCCAAAUCCAUCGCUAUUUCAAGGGCUGCCGCCAAAUCUACUAAAUUCAGUUCAACUUCCGGCGGAGGCAUACUGGGGAGCAUCCCGUCCGCCGUUUUAACGAGUAACAUUAAAGAAACUGUUCGGUUUUUUUUUUCUUGAGUCGAUUGUUCUUGUUUUUCUUUUUAAUUUCACUUCAAUCUUCAUUCUUCUUCUUUGCCUUCAAAAGUUAUUAGGGUUAUCUUUUUUUUUAAAGAUUUUGAUGAAUCGAUCGGUCUCGGUAUUCAUCUGCCUUUGAUUGAAGAAGGAUGUACAAAUUUCAUGAAUUUUUUUCCUCUUCUUGUGGGUUCUGUCAGUAAUUCUAAUUUCUUCUGAUGUAGCUUGAAGACGAAGCAUUACCAGCUGAAGAUAAACUAAAUUUCAGAUUUUUCAUCA